AUGUGGCCUACAUUAGUGGCUAAUAAGAUAUUCAAGAAGCGAGUGGGAAGCAGCAAAUUUAUAGCAGAUUAUCCUAGUUACAAUGAACCCUUGUUGGGUAUUGUAGAUAUUGAUCAGAACUCUAAGACCAUUCUUAAUGAUCACAAGGACACACAAAAAUACAAGGUGUUUGUUAGUACAUGGAACGUAGGUGGGAUUGCACCGGAUGAAGAUUUGAAUAUAGAUGAUUUGUUGGAGACAUGCAACAACUCUUGUGACAUCUAUAUACUUGGGUUUCAAGAAAUAGUGCCUCUAAAAGCAUCAAAUGUAUUGGGAUCUGAAAAUAGUGAGAUUUCCAUGAAAUGGAAUUCCUUAAUCAGGGAAGCUUUGAACAAGAGAACACAUAUUGAGAGGGACAAAGAUCAACGUGAUGCUAAAAAACAGGAGCUAAAGAAUAUUUUUCCUUUUAAGAAGGAAAAUCCAGCUAAGUACUGUGAAGCCCCACAUGAUUUCCAAUGUAUCAUUAGUAAGCAAAUGGUUGGAAUAUUAAUAUCUGUGUGGACUAAGAGAGAUCUUCGUCCCUUCAUUCGGCAUCCAAGUGUCUCAUGUGUAGGCUGUGGCAUAAUGGGUUGCUUAGGAAACAAGGGUUCUGUAUCUGUGAGAUUUCAGUUACAUGAAACAAGCUUCUGUUUUGUGUGCACCCAUCUAGCUUCAGGGGGCAGAGAAGGGGAUGAGAAGUAUAGGAACUCUAAUGUUGCUGAAAUUUUUUCCCGGACAUGCUUUCCUAGAGGCCCUUUGCUUGAUUUGCCAAGAACGAUUCUUGAUCAUGAUCAUGUAAUAUUGCUCGGAGAUCUAAAUUAUAGAAUUUCUCUACCAGAAGAAACGACACGUUUACUUGUUGAAAAACGAGACUGGGAUUCCUUAUUAGAAAAUGAUCAGCUAUUGAUGGAGCUAAUGAGUGGAAACAUGUUAAGAGGAUGGCAAGAAGGAGCAAUCAACUUUGCUCCUACCUACAAGUAUUGUCCAAAUUCAGACAUUUAUUAUGGAUGUUUUUAUCACGGAAAAAAGACAGAAAAAAGGCGAGCGCCAGCAUGGUGUGAUCGAAUAGUAUGGUACGGCAAGGGUUUAAAGCAACUUCAAUACACUAGAAUUGAAUCAAAACUAUCAGAUCACAGGCCUGUUAAGGCAAUGUUUAUAGCAGAAGUCAGAGUUUUACCAGAGCUGAAAAACUUGCAAAACUUGUUUCUAUCAGAAAGAUUCGAGCAAAUAAAAACUUACGAAGUUUCCACCACUGAUGAAUUUGGUUGUAGAAAACGAUCCAGCUUCCAGUUGUAA